GGUCAGACUUCAAGACUAGCUCUUGGAAAGUCCCGAGCUGCUGCGAGAAGAGGACGGGGUGAUGACUGCGUUGUGCGCGUGGUGAUGACGGAGCGGAAGUGCUCCUGCCGGAGGCGGGCCUAGACGCCGAAGGGGCUCGGGAUUGCGGAAGUUUUGAAGAGGGUCGGCAGCGGGUUCUCACAGUGUUGUUUCACUAACAAGUUGUGGGAAGGAGGCCUCCCUCGGUGUGGGGCUGUGAUUACAGGGCACGGCCCGACGCCCCUGCUCUGGGCUCUCCUCGCCCCUUGUGGAACUUCAGGGAACCGCCUCGCACCUCCACCAUGUCAUCCGCCAGCCCCAACCUCCAGAAAGCCAUUGAUCUGGCUGGCAAGGCCUCGCAGGAAGACAAGGCUGGGAACUAUGACGAAGCCCUGCAGCUCUACCAGCACGCCGUGCAGUACUUCCUGCAUGUGAUCAAGUAUGAAGCACAAGGUGACAAGGCCAAGCAGAGCAUCCGGGCAAAGUGCACAGAGUAUCUCGACAGAGCGGAGAAGCUGAAGGAGUAUCUGAAACAGAAGGAGAAGAAACCGCAGAAGCCUAUGAAGGAGGCUCAGCCAAGUCCAGCUGAUGAGAAGGGGAAUGACAGUGAUGGGGAAGGAGAAUCUGACGAUCCUGAAAAAAAGAAACUGCAGAAUCAGCUUCAAGGUGCCAUUGUUAUAGAGCGACCAAACGUGAAAUGGAGUGAUGUCGCUGGGCUGGAAGGAGCCAAGGAAGCUCUUAAGGAGGCUGUGAUUCUGCCCAUCAAGUUCCCGCAUCUUUUCACAGGCAAGAGAACACCGUGGAGGGGAAUCCUGUUAUUUGGGCCACCUGGAACAGGAAAGUCCUACUUAGCCAAAGCAGUUGCAACGGAAGCCAACAACUCCACAUUUUUUUCAAUAUCUUCCUCUGACCUUGUUUCUAAGUGGUUAGGUGAAAGUGAAAAAUUGGUGAAGAACUUAUUCCAGCUUGCCAGAGAGAACAAGCCUUCCAUUAUAUUCAUUGAUGAAAUUGAUUCUCUGUGUGGUUCGAGAAGUGAAAAUGAAAGUGAAGCUGCACGUAGAAUCAAGACAGAGUUCCUGGUGCAAAUGCAAGGAGUUGGUGUGGACAAUGAUGGAAUUUUGGUUCUGGGAGCCACAAAUAUCCCUUGGGUUCUGGAUUCUGCCAUUAGGCGAAGAUUUGAGAAACGAAUUUAUAUUCCUUUGCCGGAAGCUCAUGCCCGAGCUGCAAUGUUUAAACUGCACUUGGGAACGACUCAGAACAGUCUCACAGAAGCUGAUUUCCGAGACCUUGGCAAGAAAACAGAUGGUUACUCAGGGGCAGAUAUAAGUAUCAUUGUACGUGAUGCACUUAUGCAGCCUGUUAGAAAAGUACAGUCAGCUACUCAUUUUAAAAAGGUGCGUGGACCUUCUAGAGCGGAUCCUGGACACAUUGUUGAAGAUCUGCUGACACCCUGCUCUCCAGGGGAUCCUGGUGCCAUGGAAAUGACAUGGAUGGAUGUGCCUGGGGAUAAACUUCUGGAGCCAGUUGUUUCCAUGUCGGACAUGUUGCGGUCACUGUCAAGUACCAAGCCCACAGUCAAUGAACAAGACUUACUGAAGUUAAAGAAGUUUACAGAAGACUUUGGUCAAGAAGGCUAAACCAAAGAUGGCAGGGAAGCUGUUUCCCCUGUGCACUCUUUCUUUCCUAGGUAUUUUUGCCUUUCCUGGAUGGCUUUCAGAUUAUUUCCACUAAAAACUCCUACUGCAUGGAGAAGUGUUCAUCUCUCUCCAGUGUUA